AUGCAGUUGCCUGCCCCGGGAGCCUAGACUGUGCCCUGAAGAGGCGUGCAAGGUGCCCCCCAGGUGCACAUGCCUGCGGGCCCUGCCUUCAGCACUUCCAAGAGGACCAGCGUGGGCUGUGUGUGCCCAGGAUGCGCCAGCCACAGGGGGAGGGGCCGCCCCCGCCUCGGCUGGAAGAUGAGAUCGACCUCCUGGCCCAGCAGCUGGCGCUGAAGGAGGCCGAGCACUCACAGCUUAUGGCACAGCCCCUCCUUGAGGAUGGACCUCGGCUCCUGGAGCCUGUUACCCUGGGGUUCUCAGAGCGUGGUCAGAGACCUGAGUCCGGCCUGCCCUCUCCUCGGGGAGCCCCCACGCCCACACCCCGCACCUCUUUGGGCUCCCCAGUGUCUUCUAGGCCAGUGCACAUGGUGCCCCUGGAGCCCCGGGGUGGACGUGGCGAUGGCCUCGCCCUUGUGCUGCUGGUGGUAUUCUGCGUGUCUGGCGCUGCUGCCCUGGCUGUAGCCACACUGUGCUGGUGCAGGCUGCAGCGAGAGAUCCACCUGACCCGGAAGGCUGACUAUGCGGCUGCGAAGGCACCCAGCUCGCCCAGGACGCCCCGGAUCUCGCCUGGGGACCAGCGGCUGGCGCACAGCGCAGAGAUGUACCACUACCAGCACCAGAGGCAGCAGAUGCUGUGCCUGGAGAGGCACAAGGAGCCGCCCAAGGAGCUGGAGUCCAUCUCCUCAGACGAGGAGAAUGAAGACGGCGACUUCACCGUAUACGAGUGUCCCGGCCUCGCACCGACCGGGGAGAUGGAGGUGCGCAAUCCUCUGUUUGACCACGCCUCGCUGCCGGCGCCCCUGCCAGAACCCCGCUCACCGCCCCCGCUGCCAUGACCCAGGCUGUGCCUGCCAUUUGCUCACCGCUGCCCACGGCGCAGGAGCCUCGGAGAGAACGCUGCUCACCGUGCCAGUGCCGUGGCUGGCAGCGGCCCAGGGCCCCUGCCAGACAGAGCCCCGCCACGGGCUGGGAGACCUUGGUCUCCUUGCACCUCCUACGCUGGCAGGAGCGGGGGAACCCUAGAGCCCGGGCACCGGUGGGGAAUUCUGGAGACAAAAGCCAAUUAAAGUACCUUUCACGCCUGUGGUUCCA